ACACCAAGCCAACCCCCAGCAUCUGGGAGGAAAAGCUGGCAGCUCCUUGCUCUCAGGGCAUAGCUGCCUGGCCAGGAGAUGCCAGCAGGAAGCUUCCCCGCUCACGCCUGCAGCCAUGGGGAAGGUCAGGCACUUGCUGCCCAAGGCUGACACCGAGGACGACUCCGUCCUGAGGCACCUGCAGGGCAGGAGCAGCGGUUUAGCUCUGCGAGCAAGGUGCAGUACAGAGCACAGGACAGGCAGAGAGACACCGAUCUUGGGACAGAAUAAAGAGCCCGUGAUCUGGCGUAGUCUCCCUGGGAAGUAUGGCCUGAAAGAUGAGCGUGCGAUGGGAUUGCUGUAAGAUCUCACUGCAGGCACCUCCGCUGGACUAUUCCUUCCGAGGCAUCAGCUUCAUCCAAGACCUGCUGACAGAGGAGCCCCGGGCUGGCCUCAAGGUGAUCAGGCGCUCGGCUGGGGGGAAGCUGCUGACCCAGGCGGUGCGCCUGAAUAACAACACUAUCAAUGAGCUGACCGACUUCGCCUCCACCAUGGAGCAGCUGCUGGAGUACCCCGCCGAGCUCUCCUGGGUCGACCUCUCCUUCAACGACCUGCCUACUAUCGACCCAGUGCUGACUAUGUACCCCAACCUCCGGGCCCUCAACCUGCACGGGAACAGCAUCCAGAGCCUCAGCGAGGUGGACAAGCUGGCCGGCCUGCCGCGCCUGCGCACGCUGACCCUGCACGGAAACCCCAUCGAGGAGGAGAAAGGCUACAGGAGCUACGUGCUGUCCGUGCUGCCCCAGCUGAAGUCCUUCGAUUUCAGCGGUGUGACGAAGCAGGACCGCUCCACCGCCACCUUCUGGAGACGCAUGAACGUCAAACCCAAGAAGGUCAAGAAAAGGCGGGACGACUACUGAGGGGACGAGCUGAAGCAGCAGCUGCACCGUUCAGCGGGGCCCAGUGGGGGGUGGGGGUAAAGCCCGCCUGUUAGCGCAGGAAUAAAGGCUUCGAGCUCUGUAGGGCAGGACGCUGAAUCGCUGCGAGGGGUGGGGCUCAGUCAUCACUGGAGACGGACGGGGAGGCUGCCGGGGCAGCGGGCCGGGUACACACCUGCCACUGUUGGCACAGAGGGUCUGUGCACCAGCUCUACUGAGGGGCUGGGAAAUGCCCCUCCUGUGAGCGGCAGGCAGCUGGUGGGGAAGAAACGGGGCCCUGGGCCUCCCAGGAGGUGCCUGACACCAGGACCCCGUUGUGCCCCCAGCAGCGGAUGAGCUGGCCUUGCCACGCUGGGCUCUAAGAUGUCCCAGCCCCGUUCCCGCCCAGCCAGCUCCUGCUGAGGCUGCCAGCGAGAGUCCAGCUGUGGUCAGGAGGCGCUAGCGGGCCCACGCCGGCUGCUUCCCGCUCGGCUGAGGGUGGGGCAGCACCGCUCGGGGAGGCUCUUGUGCCCCAGGCUUGCUCAGGGGGUUUCUCUGCGGCUAGACUGCAAAGUGCAACCCUCCAUCCCCGGCACAUCAAACCAAACGCCAGGGCACAGACCCGUCCCAGCAGAGCCCCCGGCUAGAGCCCAGGGGCUGAGAGAGGGGCCCCUACCGGGGAGGCAAACAGCUCAAAGUGCUCCAUACGACAGGACUGUGCCUGCCAUGCAACCCGCCUCCCCCGGCCCCGGCAGGCAGGCUCUGCAGCGUGAGCCCAGUCGCUCCUGCGGGCACUAACCUCAGCCCGCCUCCAAACGCUCCGUCUCCUCACUAGCAGGGGUGGGACGAGCCUGAAGGCCCCCGACUCCUUUGUGGGAAGAAAGCUGGUAAGUGACUGUCCCACAGGUCCAUUUGAUUGACUUCACGGGCUCCCACCAGCCUGCAGCUUCUGGGGCUACUCAGCCCUGCCCCCCGGGCUUUAGUGCUUAAUGCUCAGAGCCAGCCAGGUUCCCUUGUGCCCCAGGGUCCUGGGCCAGUCACCUCACCCCCAUGCAAGUCCCUGCUUGUCACUGUCAUCACUUCCCAGGAGGCUUCCAGCACAACUGCUCCAGCCCCUUUCUUCGCGCUCCCUCCCCCAACAGGAAACUGUCACCUCGCCCUUUGUCUGCCCCAGGCAAAGCAGAAGCUCAGCUGAUAAGAGGCAAAGCUUGAACUCAUCCCAGGCCAGGGGUGAGGCCGGGGAAGAGCAGCAAUCCGCCCCCUGACCAUUAACUGACAGUGCCUGGGGCGAGCAAUGGUUCCCUGCGGUCAGACCCAUUCCCCUCCCAGACACCUCUCCCCCACCUCCAGCUGUUCACUGCCCCUACAGCUUCCCCAGGGCCGCUUCGGUGACUAGAGAGACUUAGGUGAGGCCCCAAUUGGGGUAGAUAUUAUGGAGCUACAGAUCAGGCCUAGGGGAUCCCUUCUCCGGGAAGUACUGUGGGGAGGGAGCCAGGGUUCCAGCUGUGGCUAGUUCUACACUGGGUCUGACAGAGUUGAGAGCAACCUCAGGGCUGCUCUAAGCGACACCAGCUGCUAACCGUGCCCAAGGAGCCAUUGGCCAGGCAAGGGAGGGGUGUAGCAUGGCACCUGCCUGGCUUCCCUCUGCCCUGGGGCAAAAUGGCACAGCACCUGCUUCUCCACCCCUGAAGACUGCGCCACCUGCAGGAACGUGCGGCCCAGCGGAUGUGCCUUGCAGCAGACAGCGUCUCCUCAGACUGAGGAAAAACGGUGCUAAAGGGAUGAAAUUCAGCCUGGCAAGGCCGCACCUCCCCCUCCCAGUUCUCCUUUAGCACAAGCCCCUGCCCCCACAUUCCCUGUGCUUGCCCAGGGGCUGCAGCGCACUGAAGACCCAAGCAGCUGCCAGCCUUGCUAAAGCAGAAGUUUAAGACAACCCCUUUAGUGAUGGUAUUGGGGAGGGGGGGUAGAGAGCGCGUUGUGAUCCUCUCCCAGGAGACCCUGAUGUGUUAAUGCUGCUGAGCCAGCCACCCGAAGCCACGGCUGCGGAGGACUCUGAGGCCAGCUCCACCAGCCCGAGUGCCGGUAGGUGGUGAUCGCCCUGCAUCAGUCCUUCUCCUUGUGCAUGGUCUUCCCCAUCCCUUGUCCAUAGAGCCAGGAAUGAACUCAACCAGCGGGGCCAGGAGCAGGUGGUAGACACGCUCAGGGGUACUGUGGAAGCUCCUGGGUUAAUGGUCUGAGGGCCCCUUGCCCCGGUUUUGCUGGCGCACUAUUAAACACGUCAACUCUC